AUGGACGCCGUCACCAUGCCCGAGUUCAUGGCUAACCUCCGUCUGCGGUUUGAAAAAGGACGGAUUUAUACGUUUAUUGGGGAGGUGGUCGUUUCCAUGAAUCCUUACAAAAACUUGAACAUCUACGGGCGUGACAUGAUUGAGCAGUACAAAGGAAGGGAAUUGUAUGAGAGGCCUCCUCACCUCUUUGCAAUUGCUGAUGCUGCUUACAAAGCAAUGAAGAGGCGAUCAAAAGACACCUGUAUUGUAAUAUCAGGUGAAAGCGGGGCUGGGAAAACUGAAGCCAGUAAAUAUAUUAUGCAGUACAUAGCAGCCAUUACUAACCCCAGUCAGAGGGCUGAGGUGGAAAGAGUGAAGAACAUACUGCUGAAAUCCAACUGUGUGUUAGAGGCCUUUGGCAAUGCCAAAACAAACCGUAAUGACAAUUCCAGCAGGUUUGGAAAAUAUAUGGAUAUCAACUUUGAUUUUAAAGGAGACCCGAUAGGUGGGCAUAUCAAUAAUUACUUACUAGAAAAGUCUCGUGUGAUUGUGCAACAACCGGGAGAACGAAGCUUUCAUUCUUUUUACCAGCUACUCCAGGGUGGUUCUGACCAAAUGCUACGUUCUCUACAUCUUCAGAAGGAUGCAUCUGCAUACAACUAUAUCUGUCCUGGAGCACAGCUAAAGUGUUCCAUCAAUGAUGGUGCAGAGUUCAAAGCAGUAGCUGAUGCCAUGAAAGUGAUAGGCUUCAAGCAAGAGGAAAUUCAGACUGUCUACAAAAUUGUGGCAGCCAUUCUUCACUUGGGGAACUUGAAGUUUUCUGUGGAUGGUGAUACGCCUGUAAUAGAAAAUGGCAAGGUUGUGUCGAUCAUUGCAGACUUGCUGUCAACAAAAUCUGACAUGGUGGAGAAGGCUCUUUUGUUUCGAACUGUAGCUACAGGUCGGGAUGUCAUUGACAAGCAACAUACUGAACAAGAAGCCACCUAUGGCAGAGAUGCCUUUGCAAAAGCUAUAUACGAGCGCCUCUUUUGUUGGAUUGUGACACACAUCAAUGAUGUGAUUGAAGUGAAGAACUAUGACACUACAAUACAUGGGAAAAACACAGUCAUUGGCGUCCUGGAUAUCUAUGGCUUUGAAAUAUUUGACAAUAACAGUUUUGAGCAAUUUUGCAUUAAUUACUGCAAUGAAAAGCUACAGCAGCUCUUUAUUCAGCUGGUUUUAAAGCAAGAGCAGGAAGAGUACCAGCGAGAGGGAAUUCCCUGGAAGCAUAUUGAUUACUUCAACAAUCAGGUCAUCGUCGACCUGGUAGAGCAGCAGCACAAAGGGAUCAUUGCCAUUCUGGACGAUGCCUGCAUGAAUGUUGGAAAAGUUACAGAUGAGAUGUUCCUUGAGGCUCUUAAUAACAAGCUAGGGAAGCAUGCUCAUUUCUCCAGCAGAAAGCUUUGUGCAACUGACAAGACGCUGGAGUUUGACAGAGACUUUCGAAUCAAGCACUAUGCUGGAGAUGUGAUUUACUCAGUCACUGGAUUUAUUGACAAAAACAAGGACACUUUAUUUCAAGACUUCAAGCGCCUCAUGUACAACAGCUCUAACCCUGUGUUGAAGAUGAUGUGGCCUGAAGGUAAACUGAGCAUCACUGAGGUAACCAAGAGACCUCUGACAGCUGCUACUCUUUUUAAGAACUCCAUGAUUGCACUAGUGGACAACCUGGCAUCGAAGGAACCCUAUUAUGUCCGUUGCAUUAAGCCCAAUGAUAAGAAGUCACCACAGCUUUUUGACGAGGAGCGUUGCAGGCAUCAGGUUGAAUACCUUGGCCUUUUGGAGAACGUGAGAGUCCGCCGAGCAGGCUUUGCCUACCGCCAAACAUAUGAGAAGUUUCUUCACAGGUACAAGAUGAUCUCGGAAUUCACUUGGCCAAACCAUGACCUGCCUUCAGACAAAGAUGCUGUGAAGAAGCUCAUAGAGUGUCAUGGAUUUCAGCACGAUGUUGCUUAUGGCAAGACCAAGAUUUUCAUCCGCACGCCUCGAACUCUGUUCACCUUGGAGGAACUGCAUGCCAAGAUGCUUGUGAGGAUUGUCCUCUUCCUACAGAAGGUUUGGAGGGGCACUUUGGCUCGCCUUCGCUAUAAGAGGACAAAGGCCGCCCUCACAAUACUCAAGUAUUACCGCCACUACAAAGUGAAGGCCUACAUCCAUGAGGUUGCCCGACGCUUUCACAAUGUGAGGCUAAUGAAGGAUUAUGGCAAGCAUGUGCAGUGGCCCACUCCUCCAAAAGUGCUGCGCCGAUUUGAAGAGGCACUCCAGACCAUUUACCAUAGGUGGAGAGCAGGUGAACUCAUCCGGAGCGUCCCACCAGAAGUCCUACCUCAACUGAGGGCCAAGGUUGCUGCCAUGGAAGUGCUGAAGGGUCACAGAGCUGAUAUUGGCCUACAAAGAGCAUGGGAGGGGAAUUACAUCGCACUGAAACCAGACAACCCUCAGACCACGGGCUCUUUCAUCCCUGUUGCCAACGAGCUGAAACGGAAAGACAAGUACAUGAACGUGCUCUUCUCCUGUCAUGUCCGCAAGGUCAAUCGCUUCAAUAAGGUGGAGGACAGAGCAAUCUUCAUUACUGAUCGACACCUUUAUAAGAUGGACCCUAUGAAGCAGUACAAAGUGAUGAAGACCAUCCCCCUCUAUAAUUUGAUAGGAUUGAGUGUCUCCAAUGGAAAGGACCAGCUCGUGGUCUUCCACACGAAAGACAACAAGGAUCUCAUUGUUUGUCUCUUCAGUAAAGAGCCUUCUAAUGACAGCAGGAUUGGAGAGCUGGUGGGAGUCCUGGCAAACCACUUCAAGAGUGAGAAACGCGCUCUGCAAGUCAGCGUCACCAACCCGGUCCAGUGCAGCCUGCAUGGGCGGAAAUGCACCGUCUCCGUGGAAACCAAGAUUAACCAAUCCCAACCGGAUUUCACCAAGCAUCGUUCCGGUUUUAUCCUCUGCGUGCCGGGGAAUUAG